GCGUAUCGAGUGACCGGUGUAAACUAGACUAUAUAUCAAAGGAAGGAAGGAAGGAUGGUUCCAGCUGUGACUGUGCCCGCAAUUUGUAAUUCGGUUAUGUGUAUAUCUCGUGUGACAUGAGAGUUUGUAAAUAAUCUACGGUCUUGAGAGCGUACUUGCUUCACUUCUUCCGUCAAACAAAAUUACACGUGAAACAUGUCGCGGCAUCGGGACGUCCGUUGUAUGAACUAUUCCGACGAGUACGAUGGCUAUGACGACGUUUACGGGCAUUCAGUGGAAGAUGAUUACUGCGUGUCGCCUAGCGCACAACAGUUCCUGUUUGACCGAAGCAAGCAACAAAAUAUAGCUUCAUUCAUCACAGAGCCAGAUAUAGUCGAAGACAACGAGGAUAUUGAGGUUUCAGCGUCUUCCGACGAAGAGAAAUGCAGCCUUUCUGAGUUGGAGAAGGUAAAGUUGAUGUCUUGUAUGGAGUCCAUCAGGAAUGUCAUAGGUGAUUCUGUGACUGAAUCCAAACUGCGGGAGCACAUCAUCGCAUCAGGCUACAACGCAGAAGUAGCGCUCAAUACUAUCUUGCAUGAGUCUUCACCAAAAAAUAUCGAUUCGGCAGUGAACAAGGAACGAUCGGGACCCCAUGCAGGUGUUUCAGUUGAUAAGCUUAACACGUUUACGUUCACGAUACCGAAACUUUCGUUGAAGAAAGAACACGAUUCGCCCGAACAAUACUCGACUUCCACCGCGUCCCGUUCGAACAGCACAGACGAUCCGAAAAAUUGCAAACGCGCUCCCACGACUUUCUCGUCAUUAGCCGGACUAACUUUCAACAGUCACGCGCAAUCCGUAAAUUUCAACGCGACGAAGGUGCCUUCGCGGCACAACGCGGACUCGCAGUCCUUCAGUUCUUUAGCCGCCUUGACCGCGCAUCACUUGCAAAAAUCCAAUCCACUUAAUGACAAGCAACUUCGCGAGAGGCAGCGGUCGCCGAGUUUGCAAUUUGUUAUCCCGAAGUUGUCACUCAGGGAUAACGGCGAGGCGACGGAGAGUAAAUCGCCGUCGAGGGCCACCGGCGAUAGGAGCAGCGAGAGACAGUUGAUAUCUAACAGUAGUUCGAACAGAUACCCGAUGGAUUUGCUGCAGAAAGAUUUCUCGAGCAUGAGCAUUCUGUCGAGGAACAACAUCGUGAUGGACGUGAAAUUGCAGGAGGACCAAUCGCAGGGUCCGAUGGCGGUUAUAAACGACAUACGCAGCCCGUCGCCGGACGGCUGCGUCAUCGACCUGACUAUGGCUCUGAAGGAGGCGAAACUCCUCGCCGACGGCACUUUUAGCAACUCGAUCGCGUCGGGAAGGUUUUAUCGCGACUCGCCUAACUUGGAGAUAUACGUGAGGAGUGCGACCGACGUAAUGCCGAACAUGCUGCCGGUCACUUUAAACUUGUGUAACAAAUUGUCAUCCAAGCCCGCCCUGCAAAUGACGAGCACACCGUCCACCGUGAAGGUCGUGCCAGCCGGGACGAGGCCCGUGGUGAAGGGUUUCGACUUGAGCGGCGUGGAGGGCGCGGAUCUGCUGAGCCCGCGCUGCCAGAGUCCGUCUUCCGAUCGGAACAGUCCGGAGACCAAGAGCAAGGAGGACAUCGUGCAGAGGGAGAAGAAGGCGCUCUCCUCGAAGACGAGCAGUCCGCGAUGCCAGUCCCCCGCGUCAGGCCACGUGACGCCGGAACUGCUGGAUCCCAAGGCGGCGAAGCCGAACGAGGAGAAAGCGGUGGACGUUCAAGCGAUAUACAAGAGCAAGCGAGGUGACAGCAAGCAGCAGCUUCACCUGGUGGUCGUGGGACACGUGGACGCCGGGAAGAGCACCCUGCUCGGCCGGCUGCUCUGUGACCUGGGCCAAGUACCGUCGAGGCUCAUUCACAAGUACCAGCAGGAGAGCAAGAAGAUAGGGAAGCAGUCGUUCGCAUACGCCUGGGUGCUCGACGAGACCGGCGAGGAAAGAGAGCGUGGGAUCACGAUGGACAUAGGCCAUUCGAAAUUCGAGACUGAUACGAAGUCCAUCACCCUCCUGGACGCGCCCGGCCACAAGGACUUCAUCCCGAACAUGAUAACCGGCGCCACACAAGCGGACGUGGCUUUAUUGGUGGUCGACGCGACCAGGGGCGAGUUCGAGACCGGGUUCGACAGCGGGGGGCAAACGCGCGAACACGCGUUAUUGUUACGUUCUUUAGGUGUGUCGCAGCUGGCGGUCGUAGUGAACAAAAUGGACACCGUGAACUGGUCGAAGGAGAGAUUCAACGAGAUCGUCGACAAGAUGAGCGUGUUUCUGAAACAGGCCGGCUUCAAGGACACGGUCACCUUCGUACCUUGCAGCGGUUUAUCCGGCGAGAAUAUAGUUACGAAGCCGCAAGAGCAGCUCUCUAACUGGUAUACCGGACCUACUCUAGUCAGUGUAAUCGAUAACUUCAAGUGCCCGGAGCGGCCUGUGAACAAGCCAUUCCGUUUCUCGGUAAACGACAUAUUCAAGGGCACCGGCUCCGGCUUCUGCGUGUCCGGCCACGUGGAGACCGGCAUGGUGUCCUUAGGUGACAAGGUUUUGAUACUACCUCGAAACGAGAUCGCCGUCGUGAAAGGUCUCCAAUCGGACGAAGUCUCGACAACGAACGCGUUCGCCGGUGACCACGUUGCCCUGACCUUGGCGGGCAUCGAGCAGCAAAACGUGAGCAUCGGCGACAUAAUCUGCAACCCGCAGAACCCGGUGCCGGUGACCACGUGCUUCCAGGCGCACGUGGUGGUGUUCGCGAUAGCGAAACCGAUCACCAAGGGCCUCCCGGUGGUGAUGCAUCAGCAGUCCCUGGUGCAGCCGGCGGUGAUCACGAAACUGAUUGCGCAGCUUCACAGGAGCAACGGCGACGUGAUCAAGAAGAAGCCGCGCUGCCUGCCGAAGAACUCGAGCGCGAUCAUCGAGGUCGCGACGCAGAACCCGGUUUGCAUGGAGCUCUACAAGGAUAUCAAGCAGCUAGGCAGAGUCAUGUUGCGAUUGGAAGGCACCACCAUCGCGGCCGGCCUGAUCACGAAGAUCUUUUAAUCGGGGAGCCGACGGUCGCGCACGCACGAACGAAGUCUCGAAUCUGCACAGUUGUGACUCUUCGGAUGUGGAGAUUUGUUUAGAUCUAACGGACAUACUACGUUAUUGUAUUUAUAUCACAGAUAUCACAGACACACGUACAUGAACACAAAGAAACACUCUCGCUUAGAUUGUGCCACUUUAUUUCAUUUACAAUAAUACAGAAGACUUCGCUCAAGACUUCGUUUUCUUACUAUACAUUCGAUGAUAUUGUUUUAUAUUUAUAAUUAUUUAUAAUGUCCUAUUGAAUAUAUACACAUAUAUAUAUGUAAGUUCGGUAUUGUGUUCAAUAAAGGAUAUAGUCGUGUUA